AUGUCUGUCGAGGUGAUCAACACCAUCUCUCCAAAUACCAACGAGGUGGUCAUCACUCGCAAUGGCGCCUCCCCUGCCGAUCUGGAACUGCUCCCCAAGGUCGCCACUGAAGCUUUUCUGAAAUUCCGCAAGACGACCCUCAAGGAAAGGCAAGACAUUGUCCGGAAAUUCCUCGACGCAUUGGAUAAACGCCAGGAUGACCUCGCCCUGGAACUGACCACCCAGAUGGGCCGACCCAUCGCUUAUACGGCAAAAGAAGUCACCACCGCCAUCAAGAGGGCGGAACAUCUCCUCAAAAUCAGCUCUACAGUCUUGCAGGAUAUCGAGGGUGAGCCCGAGAAAGGGUUCAAGCGUUUCAUCCGAAGAGCACCCGUUGGCCCUGUUCUCAUCAUCUUUGCCUGGAAUUAUCCUUAUUUGAUUCUCAUCAAUGCGUUGAUUCCCGCAAUCCUGGCUGGAAACAGCGUGAUAUUGAAGCCAUCACCGCAAACGCCAACUAUUGUGGAACAAGUGGCCAGGCUAUUUUCCGAGGCCGGCUUGCCCGAUGGAGUCUUGCAAUAUUUCCACUGCGGCUCCCCUAGUGUCAUGGAAACUAUUGUGCGAGAUCCCAAGAUUGCCCUGGUGUGUUUCACGGGGUCCGUCGCCGGCGGCCUUGCCGUGCAAAAGGCUGCGGCCGACAGGAUUGUCAACGUGAGCCUCGAAUUGGGUGGCAAGGACCCCGCCUACAUCAGAGAUGAUGUAGAUAUCGACUGGGCUGCGGAGGAGAUUGUGGACGGCGCCAUCUUCAACUCUGGCCAAAGCUGCUGCUCCCUUGAACGAAUCUACGUGCAUGAAAACGUGCACGAUGCCUUUGUCGCGGCCGUUCAAAAGGUGCUCAAGGGAUACAAGCUUGGAGAUCCGUUUGACAAGUCGACUCAUGUAGGACCCGUCAUCUCUAAGCGUUCCAAGGAAACAAUCGAGUCGCACAUUCAGGACGCCUUGGAAAAGGGAGCCAAGGAUGCUACGCCGGAAAACGAAAGCUUCCAAAACCCCCCGCCCAAGGGCAACUUUGUGAAACCAACCCUGUUGACGGAUGUGGAUCACACGAUGACUGUCAUGACGGAAGAGACAUUUGGGCCUGUGAUUCCGGUCAUGAAGGUAAAGGGUGACGACGAGGCCGUGAAGCUGAUGAACGAUAGCGAGUUUGGGCUCACGGCUAGCAUCUGGACCAAGGAUGUGGAUCGAGGCUACGCGCUUUCAGAGCAGGUUGAUGCUGGUACUGUCUUUGUCAACCGCUGCGAUUUCCCCAGUCCGGACCUUGCGUGGACCGGAUGGAAGAACUCAGGUAGAGGACAGACGCUUGGCAAAUUUGGCUUUGACGCAUUUGUCAAGUCCAAGAGCUUUCACAUCAAGGACUAUCCGAAAUAA